AUGGUCGCCGCUGGUCUCGGAGCUUUGCCGUUGAAUCCAAAGGACCUCCUGGCGCUCACGGUCAGUAUGGGCAAGAAACCGAAAGCAGUCUUCUUCAUCUCCCGAUGGCAGCAAGUCGUCCAGGCCGAGGACAUCACCGUCCUCAAUGCUGCGUACCUGGCUCGUGCUGUAGAGGCCGUUUUUAUCGCCCUGAAGAAGGUCGUCGCGGACGGUGAUAUGGGCGACGGCAAAUCCCGAUCCAACGCCGUUGUCGGUUCAAUCAUCGACAUCCUGCACGCAGCUUUACUCGAGCUCGGCCUAGAGUACUGCCAGCGCGUGCAGGCGUCGCUCACCUCCGACAACAAGUACCAGAACCGCCAGAGGACACGACCAAAGUCAUCGGUGCCGAAGACCGUCGAGUCUGCGGAGCCUCCAGUCCCCGACGCAGUGCUACGGUACGACUCUGCCGAUUCGCCUGAGCGUUCCACGUCCACAGCCUCAGCCUCUACUUCUGCCGCCCCUCCAGCUCCUCCGCGCCCUUGCAGUCGGCGCUCCUCCUAUGUGCGCUCGCAUCUGUUCCGCACGACGCCGACCAAGACGCACUUCGCGGUCGCUCCCCCGUGUUUCUCCCGCACCGUUUCCAUCUCCUCCACGUUCUCGCAUGCGCGCGCUCGCAACGAACUUUCGACCAACGAAGCGGCUGUUUUGGGGCAGAUCAAGCGAGUGUUCUCCGCGCACCUAUGCUGA